AUGGUGGGGGAGGCAAGGUGCAAGGAGUCGGUGACUGUCAAGGGAGAGACCAUCUUUGACGAGUCAUUUGCAGAGAAGUUCGGCAAGCUGAAGGCCGUUACAGAAGACACAACUGUCAUACUGCUGGACUCCGAUGGAAGCGAGGCACCUCAGGUAGCCAAGGGCCUUGCAGGCAUUGUUGGCAAGGCAGCAGAUCUGCCAUGGAAGGAACCUGGAAAGCUCUCCUUUGAUCUCAGUGGCUUGAAGAACUUCGGCAACAACCUUGACUCGUUUGCAGAGGACUUCAAGAGUGCUCCAACAGCAUCCAAGGCACUGCUGGGAGUAGGUGCCCUGGUGGGAGGCGCGCUGCUGUUCUUCCAGGAGAUCGACACUGCCCUGGAGGUGGCUGGUCUCUUUGCGGCCGGCCAGUUUGCUGUGCGCAGGCUGCUCUUCGCCGAGGACAGGAAGCAGACAGCCAAUGAGAUCAAGGAGUUGGUGGAUGACAAGAUUGCAGUGAAGGAGGUGCCGAAGGAUCUGAAGAAGCUGGCAACAAAGGUGCUGGAGACUGAGCAGGUUGCCGAGAGCAAGGUGGCCUCCAAGGCAAAGGCUGCAGUUGACAGCGUCAAGAAGGACGUCAAGAAGGCAGCGGACAAGGUGAACGCUGAUGUCAGCAAGGCUGCUGACAAGCUGGACGCUGAUGUCAGCAAGGCUGCUCAGAGCGUGAGCAAGGAGAGCGAGGAGACCAUCGAUGCUGCCAAGGACACCAUUGACCUGAAUGGAGCUGGGGCCCCAACGGCCACCGACCCCAGCAAGAAGGAGGCCCAGGAAUGGAUCUCCAACUGGAGAAGCAAGAAUGGCGAGUAA